UACACGAUUAUAAAUUAAUAAACAUUGCGGGUACGAACCGUCCUCGCGCACUACUACCCCCGAGCGGUCGCGGCGAGUGGACGUGUCGCAGGCGCAUUGAACAUAAUAAGUAUCUGUUUUAUUUGUUAUCCUACCUAAACUAAUUGUGUACGUGGGAGACAGCACAAACUGGCGACGAGGAAAAAGAACAUCGUCCCAUAAUGUCGUCUCAACUACCGGCUAUGGAUAACUUUGACUGUGAAGGCGAUUCAAAUUCACUAGGCCAUCGUUGGGAGAAAUGGAAACGCGCCCUAGACAUUUACCUUCUAGCUGCUGGUAUUGACAAGCCUUUAAAAAAACGAGCCGUUCUACGGCAUACUGCCGGCCUCGCGUUUCAGGAAAUUUAUUACAAUCUUCCCGGCGCACAUGUAGAAGAGACGGAAUCUAACGACGUUUUCAAAAUUGCUGUCGAAAAACUUGACGCGUACUUUUCGCCCAAACAAAGCUUCCUGUAUGAGAGGCACAUCUUUAGACUAUUAAAACAGGAAUCCGGCGAAAAAUUCGAAAAGUUCUUAGUCAGAUUACGUAACCAAAGCAAUAAAUGCAAUUUCGCGCGCAAAGAUGAUGAUCUCAUAGACCAAAUAGUAGAAAAAUGCAGCUCCUCUGACCUAAGAAAAAAAAUCCUAAAAUUAGGAGAUGCGGUUACCAUAGAUCAAAUUAUUUUGGAAGCAAAUACUAUUGAGACUGUCGAGAGACAGUUCCAAGGAUUUCAAGGAAAUUCCAGCCUCGAUAUUAACAAAAUUGGAACAAGACCUAAAAAUAUCAAUAUACGGUGUACUAGAUGUGGAAGUCAAUAUCAUGACGGCAAUAGUGAUAAAUGUAUGGCAAAAGAUAAAAUCUGCGUGAAGUGUGGGUAUACGGGCCACUUCAGGAGCCAAUGUCGCACCAGACAAAUAAAACGAAAGGCAAUACCGGACGCUCGUAGAUCGCAUAAUGCUAAAAAAUCUAAAUUAAAUGAUCCUUCAUCUAGAGCAUUGAAUGAAAACACUACAACUACCUCACCCACUAAGGAACAAACAAAACCAAUUCCACCAAAUAUCAACUACGUGUUUCAUAUAGACGACGAUGCGGAAAUAAUGUGCCAAGUCGGAGGUGCCAAGGUAAAAAUGCUUAUAGACUCGGGUAGUAAGACAAAUAUAAUUGACGAUAAAACCUGGGAAUAUUUGAAAUCAAACGCGGUUGGUGCAGUAAACCAGAAGAAAGGUUCUGAUCAAGUUUUUAUGGCAUACGGGUCAAAAGACCCGUUAGAGGUGCUUGGUUCAUUUGAGUCUACAAUCGCAAUAGGACCCGAAAAACAAUCUGCCAAAUUUUACGUCAUAAAAAAUGGUACUCGAAAUUUGUUGGGUAAAGAAACUGCCAUGAGACUUAAAAUAUUAAAAUUAGGGGUGAGUAUAAAUUCCUUAGACACAGAGACUGACACAUUCCCAAAAUUUAAAGACGUUCAGCUUGAUAUUGCGAUAGACAAAUCAGUAACUCCAAUUUGUCAGCCAUACAGAAGGGUACCCAUCCCACUUGAAAAUAAAAUUAAUGACAAAAUCGCUAAAUUAGUAAAACAAGAUAUCAUUGAGCCUGUCGAUAAAGCUUCUAGUUGGGUAUCUCCACUCGUACCAAUUUUAAAAGCUGAUGGCGAUGUUAGGCUUUGCGUUGACAUGAGAUGUGCUAAUAAGGCAAUUCUACGGGAGAAUCAUCCUUUACCCACAAUGACACAACUCCUUCCGAAAUUGCACAAAGCUCGUGUAUUUUCUAAGCUGGAUAUAAAAGACGCAUUCCACCAGGUGGAAAUAAAAGAAGGAUGUCGGGACAUAACAACAUUUAUUACUAGUAAAGGGUUGUUUCGUUAUAAGCGGUUAAUGUUUGGGAUAUCGUGUGCACCAGAACAUUUCCAAAAAAUUUUAGAAAGGAUGCUUCUCUCUUGCGAAGGUGUCAUAAACUUUAUCGACGAUAUCAUCGUGUUUGGAAGUAGCGCGGAACAACAUAACGCUAGAUUACAAAAAGUUAUGCAUACAUUAAAACAAAAUGGUGUAUUACUGAAUAAAAACAAAUGUAUGCUCAAUAAGUCUAAAAUUGAAUUCCUUGGCCAUGAACUAUCUUCAGAAGGUAUUCAACCUCUAAACAAAUAUGUAAAAACUAUAGCGUCUUUUAGAGAACCAAAGUCAGUGGAGGAAGUUCAAAGCUUCCUGGGACUUGUUAAUUACAUCGGAAAAUGGAUUCCGAACUUAGCCACUGUUACUGAACCGAUUCGCGAAGUUUUGAGGCACAAGCUUUCCAAACACGCUGAUAUUUCCGAAUUCUGGAAAAAUAGACAAGCAAACGCGUUUGCUGAAUUAAAAAGAAGUUUAAGUAACCUACGCACCCUAGGAUUUUACGACCCUCAUGACAAAACGCAAGUGAUUGCAGAUGCCAGCCCUGUAGGGUUAGGAGCAGUCCUCAUCCAAUAUGACCUGCAUGGUCCACGAGUUAUCGCAUAUGGUCACAAGAGUCUUAGUGAGGUCGAAAAGCGAUAUUGUCAGACCGAAAAGGAGGCUUUAGCAUUGGUUUGGGCCAUAGAACAUUUUAGCAUGUAUCUCUAUGGCUUAAAAGAGUUUGAAUUAGUCACCGACCACAAGCCUCUCGAGGUGAUAUUCGGGCCACGAUCUAAACCCUGUGCAAGAAUAGAACGUUGGGUAUUAAGGUUGCAAUCCUACAAUUAUAAAGUAGUAUACUGUUCGGGGAAAAACAACAUAGCUGACUCACUUUCUAGGUUAUGUCCCAAUCAGAAUUCACAGCCUUACGAUGAUGGUCAUCAUGUUAACCAAAUAGUUCAAUUCGCGAGACCCUUAGCCGUAUCCACUGAAGAUAUCAUCAGUGAGUCCAUAAAAGAUGUCGAAAUCCAAUUAGUUAAAGUUGGUCUGUCAGAUAAACGCUGGGAUCCAAAAGUGAAUAAUUAUAAACUCUUUGAAAAUGAACUCUGGGUUCACGAAGACAUAUUGUUACGUGGAAAUAAAAUCGUAAUACCUAGGAACCUCCGUAAACAAGUGUUGACAUCGGCUCAUGAGGGUCACCCUGGCAUUGUCGCUAUGAAAGGCAGGCUUCGAACUAAGGUGUGGUGGCCAAAGCUCGAUAAAGACGCCGAAAGUAUGGUAAAAAGCUGCCAGAGUUGCACUUUAGUGUCAGGGCCAAGUCCUCCUGAGCCGAUGAAAAGACGAGAAUUGCCAUCCCAACCAUGGGUCGAUAUAGCCGUCGACUUUCUAGGUCCACUUCCGAGUGGGCACCACUUGUUUGUUAUAAUUGACUACUUUAGUCGAUACAAAGAGAUCAAAGUCAUGAAGUCAAUAACGUCACAAGAAACAAUUGCCGUAUUAAAAGAAAUCUUUUCAAGGUUAGGUGUACCCGUUAGUAUGACAUCUGAUAAUGGACGUCAGUUCACCAGCGAGGAGUUUAAAUCCUUCUGCUUAGAAUUUGGCAUUAAACUUUAUCAUUCUAUACCGUAUUUUCCACAACAGAAUGGCGAAGUCGAAAGACAAAAUCGCGACAUAAUUAAGCGUCUUAAAAUAAGCCAAUGCCAGAGAUCUGAUUGGAAGGAUGAUCUCUUAAGCUACCUUAUGAUGUACAACAGUACACCACAUAGUACGACCGGGAAGACACCAUCGGAACUGUUUUUCAACCGUCAGUUUAGAGAUAAAAUCCCUUCUGUUGUAGAUGUCGAAAAUAGGCAAGUAAAUUUCGAGGUUUAUGACAGAGACAAAAUGAUGAAAGAAAAGGGGAAGAUAAGAGAGGAUAGGAAAAGAAAAGCACGAAACAACGACAUAAGUAUAGGAGAAAAGGUUUACGUAAAAAAUUUAAUUAAAGAAAAUAAAUUGACCCCAAAUUUCAGCCCUACACCACAUACCGUGAUUAGUGCCAGUGGAGGCGAUAUAAAUAUCAGAAAUGAUGAAACUGGGCAAGAACUGCGAAGAAAUAUAAUACAUCUGAAAAGGGUACAAGGUCAAUGGAAGAUACAUAAUCAGGAGGAAGAUGAAAAUUAUGAAUCUAAACAUAGUUCAGGAAUGGAAACAGAUGAAGAAGAAUGAAACAAUAUAAGCGCUAUUAAAGUUAGGAUAAGCAUGAUUUGCAACUAGACUUAUAUAAUCGAUCAAUUUCAAGAUUUAUUGAAAAGGAGAGAUGUGAUGUACACGAUUAUAAAUUAAUAAACAUUGCGGGUACGAACCGUCCUCGCGCACUACUACCCCCGAGCGGUCGCGGCGAGUGGACGUGUCGCAGGCGCAUUGAACAUAAUAAGUAUCUGUUUUAUUUGUUAUCCUACCUAAACUAAUUGUGUACGUGGGA